AAACUUGUAUCGAUUUUAAAACUGUGUACUUAUUUCAUAAGCUUGUAGCGAAAAGAUGUUUUCAUAAACAAGUGCUUCGUUGGAAUUUGUGCGAUAAAAAAAUAUAUGAUAGUUGGAAAAGGACUCCAUACAUAGGUACAAUUAUGCGGUCGUUUAAAAUGGCAUAACAAAGUGCUCCUGCAGACAGAAAGUGGCGUAGUAACAAAGUCUUGAAAAUUUUUUUCUUCGAAACUAAUAUACAUAGGACAAAGAAGUUAUUUAAAGCUUUUUUGCGAAUACAAGUUGAAAUAAAAGCAUUGAAGACAAAAAUGGGAACGGUGCUAAGUUUUAAUCCGCGGGAUCGUCAUCCUAUAUACUCGUCUCAGCCAAAUUUCCAAUAUAAUCAUUCGACCGAUAUAAGAAACGAGAAUGACAGUACAGGAUCGAUUGAUUCGCAUCUCAAUAACUUCUCCUAUGAGCAGUUAAAUAAUGCAAAAAAUAGAGAAAACAAAAAAUCGGCAUGCCAUCAAUUGUCGAAGAACGUCAUAGGACAACAGGGAACCUGCGGUGGCGUGCACAUCAAUUUGCAGACGCAGACUCAGCUGAGCUCGCACAACUUGAACAACUUGACGAACGCGUCCAAGGACACUAUUACCAAUGUCCUGGACGCACACAACGAGAACUCUGUGCUCAAGGCAGAGAAGAGCUCCUUUGAGAAGAACCUGAAAAAGCACUCGAUUUUCAUCAAUGCUCUCUCCUGGAAGAAGCUAUCCACGUCUCACAACAAGAAAAAGAUCGAAAACAAGAAUAAGUGCGCGAACCUGCCCACGGCCUGCUUCAAGGCCCAGCUUCUGGAGUCCUCAUUCGCUUCAUCGUCCGACAAAAACCGAAACAUCCAGCUGCACUGCAACCGCAUUGAGGAGCACAAUCAACAGCACCAACACCAGCACCAGCACUGCAAUCAGAACCAGGCUCAGGACAUCCGCGAGGAGACGAACACCGGGCCGAGCAAAUCGCAAAAUCCUUCCAAGGCGAAAGACCCAGUUAAGGUCAACAACAAGAACUCGAUAACGAACCACAACAAGCUAAUCCAGAAGCAGCCGCUGACGCUAACCCUGCCGCCGCAAUUGCAGCCGGCGUCCAUGCAGAUCAAAAAUACAAACCAGAUCCCUCGUAAAACCGUUAUUCAGGCAUCCACUUCGGAAUUGCUAAAGUGCUUGGGAAUGUUCUUGCACUGCCGGUGCCAGAGACUUAACAACUUCGAUGCUGGCGAUGCAGUCAUGUGGCUCAGAGCAGUUGAUCGCAGCCUACUGCUCCAAGGAUGGCAGGAUGUGGCGUUUAUAAACCCGGCAAACGUCGUGUUUGUUUACAUGCUAGUCCGAGAACUAGUUAGCGGAGAGGAAAGCAAGGAAUCCGAUCUCCAGGCCUCUGUGCUUACCUGCCUCUAUCUGUCAUACUCCUAUAUGGGUAAUGAGAUCAGUUAUCCCCUCAAGCCAUUUUUGGUGGAAGACUCAAAGGAAAAGUUCUGGGACAGAUGCCUGGUUAUUGUGAACAAGCUAAGUGAUAAAAUGCUUAAAAUCAAUGCUGAGCCUGGAUUCUUCACGGAAGUCUUUACUGAGCUAAAAUCUUGUGGUCAAUAUCAUCCUACAAUUAAAUCGUACUGUGGAGGCGCCUGACGGACGGAUGAUCGAGAGAUUAUUGUGAACCUCUCAUUGUCUGCGCAUCGCCAGAAAUUUUCCGAAGAAAUAAUGGCGAAAUACCGUUAAAAAAAACUUAAUAUUUUAUAAAACAUUAGACAAUUUCAUUAUGUCACUAUCACAAUCGUUCAAAUCAAAUAAUAAAGAAUAGUGUUUAAAUAAAUUAACAACUA